CCCUCCUCUUUCCCUCACACAACGCAGCAGGCUUCUUCAAGGACCACUUCUUCACUGUCCUCUCUUCACAAUCCCUUCCCUUCACCAAGCGCAGAGAAAGAAAGUAUGAUGAAGUGCCUGUCGUUUCCACUCCUGCUGGUCCUGCUCUUCCAUUGCUCUGCCACCUCGGCUCAGCCUGCGGCAGCCCCGGCUCAGCCUGUGUCUCCCCCGGCUCCGCCUGUGUCGCCCCCGGCUCCGCCUGCUUCCCCCCCGGCUCCGCCUGCCUUAGGCCCGGCUCCGCCUUCCCUAGGCCCGGUUCCUGCAGGCCCACCAGACAUCACGAAGAUCCUCGCCAAGGCGGGCCAAUUCACGGUGCUGCUCAAGCUCUUGAGGGUCACCUCGGUUGACAAACAGAUCAACGCGCAGCUUAACAACUCGAACAACGGCCUAACCAUCUUCGCCCCGAACGACAACGACUUCUCGAGCCUCAAGUCUGGGACUUUGAACCAGCUCUCAGCUGAGCAGCAGGUCGAGCUCGUGCAGUUCCAUGUAGUCCCGAACUUCUUGUCCGUGUCCCAGUUCCAAACCGUCAGCAAUCCGCUGAGGACGCAGGCCGGUGGGAGCGGGAAGUUCGAGUUCCCACUGACUUUGACUACUUCCGGUAGCAGUGUGAAUAUAUCGACUGGUGUCACCAAUGCAACAGUGGACCAAAUAAUAUAUUCAGACGGCCAGUUGGCCGUGUAUCUGGUGAACAAGGUCCUGCUUCCUAUGAGCAUAUUUGGCCCGAAGCCACCCGCACCAGCGCCUGCCCCAGUGAAGCCGAAGAAGAAGCCAGCGGCUUUGGCGAAGAGCCCGGUAGCCGACAGCGUGCCAGUGGACAUAUCCGGUGAAGGGAAAUUGAUGGUGCCUGGAAUGAUGGCGGUCAUUGGAUUGAGUGUCGUUGGGACAUUCUUCUCGUGACGAGGUAAAUUUGGAGACAUUACGAGAAUGAUCAGCUUGAAACACAGAGGUGGGUGGUGGGGGGGGUCACUUUUGGGUUCUGCAAUGAGCUAUUAUUUGGUGAAUUUGGUUGAAAUAAAUCUGAGUCCCGAUGGUAGAACAUGCCAGUGAUGAGAG